UACAGACUCAACCCUCUCUCACCUCCCAUACACCAUGCACUGCAACUGCUACCUGGCUGCCCCUGUGAACUACUGGAUCUCGGGUCUGGCCUUCCCCGACUGGGCCUACAAAGCAGAGUCGUCCCCGGGCUCCCGGCAGAUCCAGCUGUGGCACUUCAUCCUGGAACUGCUGCAGAAGGAGGAGUUCCGCCAUGUCAUCGCCUGGCAGCAGGGCGAGUACGGGGAGUUUGUCAUCAAGGAUCCAGAUGAAGUGGCUCGCCUCUGGGGCCGCAGGAAGUGCAAACCGCAGAUGAACUAUGACAAGCUGAGCCGGGCCCUCAGGUAUUACUACAAUAAGAGGGUCCUACACAAGACCAAAGGCAAGAGGUUUACCUACAAGUUCAACUUCAGCAAGCUCAUUGUAGCCAACCGUCCUCCGUGGAAAGUGUGGGCACCCCCCACCCCUCACCUGCUGUUGGGGGUCCCUGCCCUGUGUCAGCCAGCCCUGGUGCCUGUGGCUGUGGAGAGUGAGCCCCUACAUAGCAUACUGUACACAUGGGCCACAGAAACUCAGCCAGGUGGAGAGAAGGCCCUAUGGGGGACACCGGAAGCCUCUGGGCCCGGACUGGCAAAGCCCUUGCGGCUGUUUCCGGAACCUCCAGGGUGACCUGGCGAGCUUUGC